AUGCUCUCGCUCUCGCUCUCUUCGCUCCUCCCGCUCAUGCUCAUCGUCCUGGCUACAGGCACAUCUGCGUUCGCAGUUCCAGUUGCGGGUCAGCUUGAGACCACCACCAACACUGCCAGCACAAGCACCAGCACCAGCACCAGCACAAACACAAACUCGCUGCACUUCGACUUCCACAGUCACAGCCAUGGCCAACUCGUCCGGACACCAACCAACCCAGUCAAACAACUCCUCCGGCGCACACCCCCCAACCCAGUCAACCAACUACUCCAGAUCGCACCAUCAUCCAACUCCUGUACAGGGGCGCAAUUCCCCAGCGAAUGCGUCGUGUCCUCCAUCUCAGUGGUACAGGCCAUGGUGGACGGCUUUGCCCAAUACAACGUGACCACGGCGCCCGAGCAGGCGGCGCUGUUGUCCUGGAUGGCCUUCGAGUCCGGCGAGUUCAAGUACAACCGCAACCAUUUCCCGGCCCCCGGCCGCCCGGGCCAGGGCACGAGAGCCAUGCUCAUGCCGAAUUUCGUGCAAGAGUACGCCGCCAGCAUUGCCGAACUCAAGCCUCAAGUGGCCGCGGCUGGUAGCGAUCCAGACAAGAUCCUGGCUCUAGUCAUGCCCGAUAAAUAUGCAUUCGCUGCCGCCGCUUGGUACUACAAUGUCCAUUGUACCGCCGACCAGAAGACCCAGGUCAGAGAGGGUGGGAGGGCCGGGUGGCAGGAUGGCUUCGUCACCGCCUGUGUGGGAACUACUUUCACUGAUGACAGGUUGGCUUAUUGGACGAGGGCGUGUAAUGCUCUAGGAGUGCCUACUUCGUAA